AUGCGUUCGCUACGAUAUUUAGCCGCAGUCAUCGUGCUACUGCAGUGUCAUUAUGCUAAUGGAGAUUUUGGGAUAGCACCGACCAUUUCUGGGGCGGCUAACGUGGAUCAGUACGCCCGGCAGAUUCGGGAUGAAGUGAAUGCGAUUGUGUUUGGUGACAUCAUCGUAAACGGGCCGGUGGCGGCGAUAAAUGAAGCCGCCGCUGCUCUAAAAGCGGUGUUCGAAAAAACGGCAGCCGUUGCACUGCCAAUAUCUCAGGCUCUAGUCACACUGGCCUUGAACGAUGUGGGUCCCGCAGAAACGCUGUUCAGUGAUGUCGAUACGAAGAUCGAUGCCAUGGCCGCGUUCAUCUCGGGAAAUGCGCAAACCCUACUCGCAACGGUCCAAACGAAAGUCAGCGUGUACGUUCGUAACGAGCUGAACGACACGUUAGUCACCUUGCAGAAAUCACUGACCAAGCUGAAAAACGCUCUAGCUGUACUCCGAAACCAAGUGAUCGAGGCUCGCAAUAAGGGUGCCACGUCAGCCAACGUUAAUACGUACGUAGAUUCGUCGGUCGUGGAGCAAGUGUACACGGGAACGCUUGAUUUUGCGACGGAUUUUCCCGCGAUGGCGUACACCGCCUUAGAAUCCGCUCGCACCAUCAACCAGGCGAAUCUUAUCUACCAGAUCGGUAUCAACGCCGCCAACGGAAAAAUGCUGACGGAAUCUUGGGAAACCGAGAUGCUGCAGGACUACAACAAGAUCAUCAGUUCUCUCCAGCAGCUGCAGGUGCUUGCUGAGAGAACUAUUCCCAAGGUGGGCGCACGCGUGGCAUUAUUUGCCCAAAUCUUUAACCCGCUCACGAAACCACUCGGGACGCUGUACGGCGAGAUCGGAACCGUGUACGGGAAGGUUACUACGGGCACGAAUGACAACGUGCUGAACGCGUACAAAACGCUCGUUACGUCCGCAAUCGGCUACAUUCAGGACCUGUUGAAGCUGUUUUUCCCUCCCAUCGAGCCGGUUAUUAAGCUGCUGGCGGAAAUUCUGAUUCAGCGCGGUCCCUACUCGGACUUUUGCUACGAGAAGUUCUACCCGCAUGUGGAGAACUACAUAUUUUUGGGCGAGCUGACCAUACUCAACUGCCUUGACGUCGAGUUUUCCCGCGAGAAGAUCCUAAUGGAGGCUAUUUUUGAGGUGAUCUAUCAGCUGAACUUCUUCUUAGAAGACACGGAAGGUUAUCUGGCGAUUUGCUACCGCUUGUCGCUGUUCGACGAGACGCUUGCAAACAACUGUUUGAUGGAGCACACGGAUUUCUCUGCGACCAUUCCCUGCACUGCAAUGAAGGAGUACGCGACACUACUGUUGCUGCUCUGCAAAGAGGUCGACUCGAUACGGUACCGGUUGUGGGCCUGCAUGUCUCGCGAUUCGACCCAAUUUUCACGUGAUGCUUCAGAUCUCCUUAUGAGGGUGGAUCAGUGUCGAGCCAGCUUAUCCUCGCAGGGAUAA